CCAAAAAAAAAAACGUUCAUUAUUUAUUUAUCCAAAAAAAAUUGAAAAUAAUUAGCAAACCAAAAUCCGAAAUGGCGAAAUGGUACGUUCAGGUUCAAAUCCUCGCUCACGCACGCCACGCUCGAUCAAAAACCAAAAUUCCCCAGGCUCAGUAGAAACGGUUUCUCCAUGCGUCACGCAUAUAUAACACACACACACACACCGAUCAAAACCCUCUCUCCUUCUCUCUUUCUCUCUCUCUCUCUCCGAGUCUUCUCCAAUCCACAAAGAUGUCGACGAUAACACUAAUAGGAGAAAACAGCACCGAAACCCACAACUACAAGCUCUACGAAGUCACCGUCGAAGACACCGACACCAUCCAAACCCUCCUCACUUCUUCCCCCUCCCAAGUCAGCUCAUGGCUCUCCACCAACACCACCCGCUACCCUCCGGGCCUCAUCGUGGGCCUCAUCGCGCAGUGGCGGCCCAACACCCUGCCCAACAUGAACAACCCCGUGGCCACCCUCCACCUCUGCGUGGACCACCGCUGCCUCAUCUUCCAGAUCCUCCACGCGCCCUCCGUCCCACGCGCCCUCAUCUCCUUCCUCGCCAGCCCCAACGUCACAUUCGUCGGGGUCGGCAUCCAUGGUCACGUGGACAAGCUUUUUCAAGACUACAAUCUCCGCGUGGCCAAUGUUCGCGACCUUCGCUCCCUUGCCGCGGAGGAGCUCAACGUGCCUGAGCUGUAUUGGGCAGGGCUCGACACGUUGGGUCUGUGCACCCUGGGCUUUGAGGUUAGCACGCCCCGCUAUAUCACCACGAGUCGUUGGGAUAAUCGCUCCCUCACUGAGGAGCAGGUUGAGUAUGCUGCUGUUGAUGCCUUUGUCUCCUGUGGGGUUGGUCGCACUUUGACUUCUGAUAACUAAUGCCUUUUGCUUUCGUAUUUGUCAUUUCUUUCAUAUUUUGAUGUUUCACUGUUUAGGACUACAUACCUGUUGAUUGGUCUAUUAUGCCUUUUUUCUAUUGUUGAUAUGCACGUGGUCAUAAUUGGUUACUGUAUUCGGAUUUUGUUUUCGUGUCUAUUUGCUGUGAUUGUGAUGAAUGGAUGAUGCUGGGUUUUGUUGAA